CUGACAGCCGCCGCCCGCCGGCCCGCCCAGCGCCCCGCCGGGCCUCUAAAACCCGCGCGCCGCGCCCUCCCCCGCCGCAUCUUCCCGGGCAUCCAGCCUCCCGCCUCCCGCCUCCCGCCCUAGCUCUCUUGCCCGCCGCAGGUCCCCACCCUGCGCACCUCCGCCCGGCCUCCGCAGCUGCUGCCCGCACGUCGUUGCCCUGUGGGACUCGGAAAGAGCCCAGAGGGUACCCUGUUCUUUUGGGGCAACUUUUGUUUGCUUGCUUGCUUCUUUUUGGUGACUUUCGCAGCUUUCCAAGAUCCGUGCCCAGAGCGCACGGGAAUCCGCCGAGCCCUGAGUGCAGGCCUUUUUUCCUUUUGAGGUUCACUUUCUUUGUAACUUUACGCCCGGGCUGCUCAGGUUACUUUUGUAAUUUUUCGCCCCCGCCGGCUGGCGGUCCUGUAGUCGCUCGGGGCUGUCGCCCGGGGGAUGCAACGUGGACCGCUCGGAGCUGCCGGCUUCACCUCCGCCGCACCUCACCGCCCAUUGCGCUAGACUUGGUGUCCUGCGUCGCAGGCAGCCAGGGGGCCGGUGCUCUGUCGGGGUCUCCAGUUAGAGUAGGGAGCCCGAACCUGAGAGAGUACUCGCAGCCGACGAAGGGCUUAUUAGACAUUGACUUUUUUGGGGCCGCGCAGAUUUUGUCUUUGGUCACUCCCUCUCCGCGGGUCUAGGGCCGCGCGCUUUCGGCGCCGGCGAUGGGGAGACGACGGCGGCUGUGUCUCCAGCCCUACUUCGUGUGGCUGGGCUGCGUGGCGCUCUGGGCGCAGGGCACGGCUGGCCAGCCACAGCCUCCUCCGCCCAAGCCGCCCCGGCCCCAGCCGCCGCCGCAACAGGUCCGGUCCGCCACAGCAGGCUCUGAAGGCGGGUUUCUGGUGCCCGAGUAUCUUGAGGAGGCUGCCGCGGUGGCCAGUCGCGUCCGCCGGCGAGGACAGCAGGACGUGCUCCGAGGGCCGAACGUGUGCGGCUCCAGAUUCCACUCCUACUGCUGCCCGGGAUGGAAGACGCUCCCUGGAGGAAACCAGUGCAUUGUCCGUGAGUGCUUGGCAGGGAUCCCAGCUUGGGGCAGCGCGCUCGGCCCUAUCUCCGGCCGACCUCUUGCACUCAGCCAUUUGGACGCGCAGUUGCCUUUAAAAUCUAGUGAUCACAUUGCACUGAUAAUCGGGACGCGGCCCCAUUUGAAUAGUGGGGAAGACUCAGCCGGUUGGAGUCAGUUCAGACUUCACUUCUAGACUGUUGAAAGGCAAUAAUGAGAAAGGUUUCAAAGAUAAUUUGGAAGUUUUAUCUUUCUGUGUCUAUUAAUACAAAUUGGAAGAGGAGGAGUAGAGCAAUUAUCUAGAUUACUCAAAACCACUUUUUCCGUAAAAAAUCCAGAUAAGACCACAUGUUAUUAUGCAAAUUAUCAGGCUUUUAACUCUGCUUGAAUUUUAGGCCUUUUGAAGAUCAAGGUUUCUGAGGCAUUUGUACAAAACCACUUUCUAUUUCUGGUUAUAUCUCAACAACUACGUGACCUAGAUAGCAAAGGAGAAUUCUCAUGGUGUUGACCUAAGUUAACAAACUUUUAAAAGACAGAACUCUUCCAAAGGCUUGAUUUUUUUUCUUUUUAACUUUUUGGAAGACAUUUAAAUUUAGGGUUUCCAGACCCCAAAUCUCAUAGUGUGCAGUAGAUUUCCAAAGUAUGAAUCUUAGAGCUUGAAAAAUUCUGUAUCUCUGACCUUAAAAGUUUUGAUUAUUUUUUUUCAUCCAAAGUGUAUACCCAGUUAUCCAAGUUCUAACUGGAGAACUCAUUAGUUAUCAGCCUCACAGUGUCGGACUCUGGGAUGUCUUUUUUCAUAUGCUUGUACAUUUGUGACUUGAAGUGUGACUGGGCUUCUCCUGUGUGUUUGUCUUGCUGGGAGGAGAGCCAGGUAUCAUAGACAGCGCAUUCAUUUAGAGCCAGUCUUGACUUUAGAUUGACCUCCAUGUUCUCCAGGGAAUAAAUAAUUAUGCAACUGUAAACAGAGAAAAAGGGCAAGCCACACUAACCAAGGAAUAAUAAGGAUGUAGUGGCAUUUCUAACUCUGUAUUUAUUGGUUUUGUGGGUUUGAGAUAGACACUUAAUGUUAUUUCUGGGCAGCUUUUUAAGAAAGGGAUGAAAUCUCAAGUGUCAUAAAGACUAAUUUCUUCUUAUUUUUUCUACCUUAAAACCCCACUAUCUCCAGUGGGCAAAAAUAGGAAACAACCUUAUUAUUUAAAGUGAUUUAUAAAUAUUUUAAACAAAUCCUCUGAUUAUAGUAAGCCUUUGCUUUAUUUUUUAAAAGGAAAAGUGUUGCAUUCUUUUCUCUCCAACACAGAAGUCAUAUUUGAGGCAUUAGUGGAGGAAGCCUUUACUCUUUCAGGCCAGUAGGGCAAUACCAUGGCUGCUUUAAACUUACACGGUUUUUUAGAAUGCCGAAACAGCUAACGUCACUCAUCGCACACCUGCCAUACUAGCUGGGAGUGACUUAGGCACUGCGGAAAGUCUGACUCACUAAAUGUAAUGAAUGUAACUGCCAUUAUUGAGUUGGAGAGCAGCCGAGGAGGAGGGAUUGGUUCAUGGUAUGUGUUGAAAAUCUGUAAAGUCAGAUUUUAUUGGAUCAGUGUGGAAUGGGAAUUCCAGAGAGCAGUGCCUUCCAGAAUAUUUGCAGUAGAAAUAUAUGUAUGGUCCACUGAUCACUGAUAGAAGAACACCUUUGAAAAUCUCAGGGUAA